AUGGGCUACGAGAUCUCGAUGGUGGGAAACCUACUGGCGGUUCUAAUCUUGUUGUAUAAAUUUGGACGAGAGACAUCAUCCAGAGUUCUUGAUAUUAGCGCUCACGAUCAGCAGGUGUUCAAUGCUGCUUCCAGUGUUAGACUCUUCGCCUCUGCAUUUGGCACUGGCAUCCUGUCGGAUUGGCUCGGUCGCAAGAAGGUUGUUCUCCUCGCAUGUCGAAUUUGCGUGGCUGGGAUCCUCGUACAAGGGGUUCUGCACCAGUAUUCAGAUGCUGUUUGCUGGUAAGCUCGUUGGCACCUUCGGAUUCAGCCUUGGUCACUCCCUUGGACCUGUGUUUGUUACAGCAAUUGCGCCCCCUAGUUUCGAGGAACCCUAUCUUCUCUAG